AUGCAAAAGUGCGCGGAUGGAAAAUUUGAGUGUGCGUGCAAUAUAUCGCAGGCACGCGACAAAGUUUCCAGUCUGGUACCUAUCCCCAUCCACUCCCAGCCUGAACCCAUACCCAUUCCUGCCCAGCCUGAACCUAUCCCUAUUCACUCCCAGCCUGAACCCAUCCCCAUUCCUGCCCAGCCUGAACCCAUCCCCAUUCCUGCCCAGCCUGAACUCAUCCCCAUUCCUCCCCAGCCUGAAUCCAUCCCCAUCCACUCCCAGCUUGAACCCAUCCCCAUUCCUGCCCAGCCUGAACUCAUCCCCAUUCCUGCCCAGCCUGAAUCCAUCCCCAUCCACUCCCAGCUUGAACCUAUCCCCAUCCAUGCCCAGCCUGAACCCAUCCCCAUUCCUGCCCAGCCUGAACCCAUCCCCAUUCCUGCCCAGCCUGAACCCAUCCCCAUUCCUGCCCAGCCUGAACCCAUCCCCAUCCCACUCCAGCUUGAACCUAUCCCCAUCCAUGCCCAGCCUGAACCCAUCCCCAUUCCUGCCCAGCCUGAACCCAUCCCCAUUCCUGCCCAGCCUGAACUCAUCCCCAUUCCUGCCCAGCCUGAAUCCAUCCCCAUCCACUCCCAGCUUGAACCUAUCCCCAUCCCUGCCCAACCUGAACCUAUCCCCAUUCCUGCCCAGCCUGAACCCAUCCCCAUUCCUGCCCAGCCUGAACUCAUCCCCAUUCCUGCCCAGCCUGAAUCCAUCCCCAUCCACUCCCAGCUUGAACCUAUCCCCAUCCAUGCCCAGCCUGAACCCAUCCCCAUUCCUGCCCAGCCUGAACCCAUCCCCAUUCCUGCCCAGCCUGAACUCAUCCCCAUUCCUAUCCCCAUUCCUGCCCAGCCUGAAUCCAUCCCCAUCCACUCCCAGCUUGAACCUAUCCCCAUCCAUGCCCAGCCUGAACCCAUCCCCAUUCCUGCCCAGCCUGAACCCAUCCCCAUUCCUGCCCAGCCUGAACCUAUCCCCACUCCUGCCCAGCCUGAACCUAUCCCUAUUCACUCCCAGCCUGAACCCAUCCCCAUUCCUGCCCAGCCUGAACCUAUCCCCAUCCAUGCCCUGCCUGAAUCCAUCCCCAUCCACUCCCAGUCUGAACCCAUCCCCAUCCCCGCCCAAUAUAUCAAUGAUUAG